UUAUGGGCAUGGGAGCGUUUAUUGCAUAUAUGUCCUCAGCGAUUACUCCCACGUGCUCCUUUACAUGAUGUACAUCCAGACGUUGGCCUAGCAGAUGAUGUAUCACCUGCACCGGUACAUGGUGCUGCACCACAUGUACCAGCACUUGAUGACCUACCACCGGGGCCUCGUGGGAGUAGGUAA